GGUCGCAGCUGUUCGGCCCGGCUGCACGGCGACUGCUCUCUUGCGUGCUGGCUCGCCCACCCCUCGUUGUCUCUUCAGCCGACCGCCGCAAAGAUGCGCUGCAACUGCCCGUUGUCCAAUCCGGGGCCGACUCUGGCCGCCACGUGCGGCGGGUCGUCCUUCAUGGUGUUCAUGGGGCUGCUGGAGGUGUUCAUACGGUCGCAGUGCGACCUCGAGGACCCGUGCGGCCGCCCGGCCUCCCGCAGGGUGCCGCAGGACGAGUACGACUUCAUCGUGGUCGGCGGCGGCUCGGCCGGGGCGGUGGUGGCCAGCCGCCUGAGCGAGGAACCAGGCUGGAGCGUGCUGCUGCUGGAGGCGGGCCUGGACGAGCCCACCGGCACGCAGGUGCCGUCCAUGUUCCUCAACUUCCUGGGCAGCAGCAUCGACUGGGGCUAUGUGACGGAGCCCGAGGACACGGCGUGCCUGGGGCAGCCCGAGCGCCGGUGCAGCUGGCCCAGGGGGAAGGUUCUCGGUGGCACUAGUGUUCUUAAUGGAAUGAUGUACAUACGAGGAAGCAAGACAGAUUUCGAUGACUGGGAAGCCAUGGGAAAUAAAGGCUGGUCAUAUGAAGAUGUCCUGCCCUAUUUCUUAAAGUCAGAAGAUAAUCUUCAAAUGGAUAAAAUGGAUACGGACUAUCAUUCGCAAGGAGGCUACCUUACGGUCGCACAGUUCCCAUACCACCCCCCUCUGUCACAGGCGAUCCUGCAGGCGGGUCGAGAAAUGGGCUACGAAAUUCGUGACCUAAAUGGAGAAUCACACACUGGCUUUGCGAUCGCUCAAACUACGAGUCGGAACGGAUCCAGGCUUAGCUCAGCAAAAGCUUUCUUACGGCCGGUUAAGGAUCGUCAGAAUCUGCACGUCAUGCUUAAUGUUACUGCAACUAAAAUUCUUGUAGAUGAAACUACUAAGCAAGCUUAUGGAGUCGAAUAUCUAUAUGGUGAUGCUCCUGGAUCUUUUGUAAAAGUCUAUGCUAAAAAGGAGGUGAUUGUUUCUGGUGGUGCUGUAAACUCCCCACAGCUAUUGUUACUUUCUGGCAUUGGUCCUAAAAGCGACUUAGAAAAGCUAGGUAUCAAAGUAAUUAACGACCUUCCUGGAGUUGGACAUAAUUUACAAAACCAUGUUUCUUUCUUCAUGAACUUUUUUAUUAAUGACACUGAUACACAACCAUUAAAUUGGGCAACUGCAAUGGAAUACCUGUUAUUUAGAGAUGGCCUAAUGGCUGGAACUGGAAUAUCAGAAGUUACAGCAAUAAUCAACUCAAAAUUUGCUAAUGCCUCAGAGGACAACCCUGAUCUUCAGUUCUUUUUUGGUGGUUUCUUGGCUAACUGUGCUCGCUCAGGACAAGUAGGAGAAGUUUCCGACUCGAACAAACUAAAUUCAAGCAGAGUCAUUAACAUAAUUCCAACAGUGCUUCAUCCGAAAAGUAGAGGAGUUUUAAAGCUCCGAACAGCAAACCCUCUUGAUAAACCUCUUAUUUAUGCACGUUAUCUUUCUCACCCCGAUGAUGUAGCGACACUUGUUGAUGGAAUUAAUAUUGCCUUGAACCUUUCUAAAACGCCUGCAUUGCAAAGCUAUGGCUUCUAUGUUGACCAAACGCCAGUGCCUGGUUGCGAGAACUUGACUUUCGACUGUGAAGAGUACUGGGAGUGUGCUGUUAAACGUCAGACUGGCCCGGAAAAUCACCAAGCAGGAAGCUGUCGCAUGGGACCACGAGACGAUCCAGGUGCAGUCGUGGACAACGAACUGAGAGUGAUAGGCGUUGACCGACUCAGGGUUAUCGAUGCCUCGAUCAUGCCAAAAGUGACCUCUGGAAAUACUAAUGCUCCAGUUAUAAUGAUAGGUGAGAAAGGAGCGGACAUGAUUAGGAAGCGGUGGAAAUAGAUACUAGUUUCAGUUAAGAGAAAAAAAAAUGUUUGACUUCUUUAUCUUCAACAUAGAUUUAUUCAACUCUUAAAUGAAACCAUUCGUAAUUUUGUUCUGUUGUAACAUGUAAGUCCAUCAUACACAGACACUUAUGUACAGUAUAUAAACAUAUAAUAAUCUUUUUCAGCAUAAGCUAUGUCACAAUUAGCCAAUACAAAUUACAGGAGUAAGAAAUAAUGAAAAUGGUUUUAUUCAGAAGCCUAGUUUUUAGUACCGAUAUUUAUAUUUAAAAAAAAAAAUACAUUUUUAUAGCCUAUGUUGAUUUAUCAUCCUAUGGCUAAUUAAUUUUUAUUCUCUAAUUUUAUAAGUAAAAAUUCCUUUCAUAUUAUCUUCUGUUUUUAUGGAUAAAUUAUUUUCUGACAAAAGUACAAUUCUUUGCACUGCUUUAUUAAAUAUUUUUCUGUUAUGUAACUGGCCUUGGUGCAGUAUCUACGGUAAGAGAACGAUUUUUGAAUACUUACAGUUGUCAUGGAACUUAAAAUAUAACUUUAAGUGGCCUUGGUCACAAACUAUUCAGAUAUGCAGACACUCCAUGUCUUGGCUGCUCAUGUACCACAGUGUUUAAUCUCCUUUUGAUGUUAGGUUACAUAAAAUUGAUAUUUUGAAGUUUUGGCUGGUAGUGCUGCAAGGUGGUGGACGAAGAAAUUACUGACAAGGCCGUCCAACCUGUAAUUUGGCAAUAACUACCAUUUAAAAAUUAUUAUAAAUUACCGAUGAUAAUCAUAUAAACAUUUAGGUCUAUUUUAGACAUUUAUUUAAUUUGUAUGUAUAACUUAACUAUUCAUAAAGCCAAAAAUAAUUUCGUACAUUAAUAUUCUCAAAGAGGAGUUCUAGAAGGCUGUUUGGUCCAAACCAUCUCCCUUCCCAAAGAAAAUUGUGGAAUUGUUUCAUCUUUGCUUACUCUAAAUCUGAUGCACUUAUUAUUCGAAUGAAAAAUAAUGAAAUGAUCUUAAACAUUUUAUGAUAAAAAAAAAGCCAUAACAAACCUGGUUUGCAGUUUAAUUAACAUUUCUGAAAGGUAUUUUAAAAUUAUUCUUUGUAAGUGAUUUGUGCUCGUUUGCCAUGUGGCCACGUUAAUAUUAUGCAUCUAAUGAUAUAUUUACGUGUGAUUAUUUAAAAAUGUGGAAUUGUUAGAAAUAUAAUAAUUGUAUUACUAUUGCGCAUAAGACAAAAUAAGUUGUUUCUUGCCAUAAACUAAUAAUAUUUCACCUUUUGUAAGACAUUUAGUGAACAGACUACUUUACAUUAUCUGUUUCCAGUGUGAAUGUAUUUAUAUCAAUAAGUGUUAGUUGAAAGUACUCUUCCUUAUGUUCAUAUUUAUAAGAAAAAGUUCAUAAGUGCAAAUAUCUUCCAAAGUUUUUUCAAAAGUUUUAAUCUUAGUAGAAGUAAACAAUUAAUAUAUAUUGUAAACAAAUUUUGUGUUACGUUCUUUAAAUUUUGCAUGCAAUGGGAAAUUUUGAUUUAAUGAUGUUCAAAAAAAUUGUAUUAAGUUUUGUGUUGAAUGUAAAAAGAUUGAAAGUGAAGAGUAUUGCUGUUUCCGAAUAGUAAGGUUGUGUCCUUUACCUGUGUGACCAAAUGAUCCUUGUAUUUUAAGGCUGCAUUCAGUGAGAAACCAGCCGUAAAAAUAUUAUCCGAAUUCUUUUGAUGCUAACAAAACCUGUCGUAUACACAAAGGGACACUUCUUCGAUUGUUUACAUUUACUAAAUUUUCACACAUUUUUUCAGGAAAUUUUUACACGAUAAGGUUAACUAUUUGGUAGUCAUAAAUAAACAUAAAAGAGUGUAGGCAGCAGUGGGCUUUUAAAUGAACAGACUAUCGUUACAUUUUUAGCAAAAGGACGGUGUUACGGGCUGCUAAAACCAAGGAUGCAUGAAAGGACGCCAGCGACUUAACCUUUCACGAAAUUCUCCAUCAACUAUUCUGUAAGGAUCCAUUCAACUAU